CUCUCUCUCUCUCUCUCUCUCUCUCUCUCUCUCUCGUUCUCUAUUUAUAUUUUCACGAAAAUCACAAAAUAUUUUGUUUCGGUGGAACCACUAACCGGAUGGACCCCACUUUCCGCCACCGCCAAUCCCCCUCCUCCGACCGAUUCCUUGGCAUCUCCUCCUCGACCUCCACUGCCUCCGAAGCCGCCGAUGACGAGCUCAAUGAAGACGAUAUUUUCUGGACCAACGACGACUCCACCGAAUCUAAUGCUUUCACCAACAGCAGCACCACCGUCACACCGACAACAGCCUUCUCCCCGGUCAACAAUCACAACCGUUUCCCAUCUUUCGCGCAAGGUUCCGGAAUUCUUGCGGCUUUACCGGAGCACGAUAACUGUCCGGUGCUCUACCGAAAAUCAUCGAUAUCGUCGUCGACGUCUGCGAAAAUGAUUCCGACGCUGCCGAAACCGCCGCAGAUGGAGAGGUCGCAAUCGACGCCGAUGAGAAAGUACCAGCACUCGGCGCCGAUGAAUGUGCCGGUUUUGUCAAUUGCGAUGGCGAAGCAGAGGAAUAGUAGGUUUUUCGAGUUAGAUGAGGAGGAUGGAGACGAUGAGAUGUUGCCACCUCAUGAGAUUGUAGCGAGGGGCUCCGGGAUGUCGCCAAAGACGACAUUUUCGGUAUUGGAAGGAGUUGGGAGGACUUUGAAAGGGAGAGAUCUGCGGCAGGUGAGAAAUGCUGUGUUUCGUCAAACAGGUUUUCUUGAUUGAUGAAACCAAAAUGUAGUCCAAUUGAAUUAAACUUAGCUGCUGCUGCUGUUUUUAUUAUGUAUCAAUUUUGGGUAUUGAUUAGAAGGGGUGCGGGGAUUCAGUUUGUUCAAUUUCUUGAUUGAUUUUUGUUAUCCAAUGGAAAUAACUGUGGUGUCUUUAGAUUUUUUA